AUUAGGGUUUUUGUGAGCACACGCAAAGGUAUUUUCCAUUUAGUUACAUUUCAAAAUUCGACGAGGUAAAUCGUGGAGAAUAUUUAGCGGACGGAGUUUUUCGUCGGGCUCGCGAGAAAAAGAGACAGAAAAUAAGAGAAUGCGUGUACGUGAGUGAGACAACGCGGAAAAGUUAAAGAGGAUCGGAAUCAUGGCGAGUGUGUUUUUAUAAUCAAAUUUCCACAGCACUUUCCACGUAUAAUCGUAAAUGAAGCUAAAAAAUUCUCUUUUAAUUUGGCAUAAAUUGUAAUUGUAUCUUGAAAAAAGUAUAUGCUUGUAAAUACAUCCUAUUCGUAAAUUAUUUUACUCAGAAAGUCUUAAAAUAUUGAAUUCACUUGGAAAUUUCAAACGGGGUCACUCGAAAUUCGCCAGUGAUUCGCCACGUUUUGUACAAACAUAGUUUUGUAAGCAGCCGGAACUAAAAUCCGUAAACCCGAAAACCAAAACCCCAAUGCCAGCCAACUGAGUGCGAGGGAGACAGCCGACCACGUCGAGCGGGAUAGCAUGCGCCAAUGAAAACGUCCUACCUUCCAAAAGCGUCCGAUUUCGUUGACUACGCCGUUGCCGGGGGCGGGGGAUCCGGAUUCUGUCCGGGAUUAGGAGCGGGUCUAUCAGUCAGGGCGACGUCCUUCUACGGCGAUCAAACGGUAACGGCAGCUGCGGACGGGACGCGUCACCAGGAACAACAACAGCACCAGCAACAACAACACACUCUAAGGCAACCUGCAACAUCCACAUCAACCACAUCAGCAGCUGCAGCAGCAUCCAGCAAGCGAAAACGUCAAACAGAUUGCGAUUGCGGCUGCGUAGACUCAUAUAACUCCAGCCACGGCCCGCCAGUGCAGCAGGACUCUUCAGCAGCAGCGGGAGCGGGAUCUGGAGGAUCGAAAGCGGGAUCGGGGCCAGGACCAGGACCAGACGGAUUCGGGCGUAUCAGCAGCCUCAAAACGGCGCACACAAAGGUCGCCACCUCGGGGGGUCAUGCCAACACGCAGCCCCCCAGCAAAAGAUCGAGCAGUGGAGCGGAUGGCGACUACCAGCUGGUGCAGCACGAGGUGCUCUACUCCCUGUCGGCGGAGUAUGAGGUCCUGGAGUUCUUGGGCCGCGGCACCUUUGGCCAGGUGGUCAAGUGCUGGAAGCGCGGCACCUCCGAGAUCGUGGCCAUCAAGAUCCUGAAGAACCAUCCCUCGUAUGCGCGGCAGGGCCAGAUCGAGGUCUCGAUCCUUUCGCGCCUCAGCCAGGAGAAUGCCGACGAGUUCAACUUUGUGCGGGCCUUUGAGUGCUUUCAGCACAAGAACCACACCUGUCUGGUAUUCGAGAUGCUGGAGCAGAACCUGUACGAUUUCCUCAAGCAGAACAAGUUCUCGCCGCUGCCUCUCAAGUACAUAAGGCCCAUUCUGGAGCAGGUAUUGACUGCCCUGUUGAAGCUGAAACAACUGGGUCUGAUCCAUGCCGACCUGAAGCCCGAGAACAUCAUGCUGGUGGACCCAGUGCGUCAGCCCUACCGCGUCAAGGUGAUCGACUUCGGUAGCGCCUCUCACGUGAGCAAGACGGUCUGCAACACGUACCUGCAGUCGCGGUACUAUCGAGCUCCCGAGAUCAUCCUGGGACUGCCCUUCUGUGAGGCCAUCGAUAUGUGGUCCCUGGGCUGCGUGGUGGCAGAGCUCUUCCUCGGCUGGCCGCUCUAUCCGGGCAGCUCGGAGUUCGACCAGAUCCGCUACAUCUCACAGACACAAGGCCUGCCCACGGAGCACAUGCUGAACAGUGCCUCGAAGACCUCCAAGUUCUUCUACCGCGACGUGGACUCGACGUAUCCCUUCUGGCGGCUGAAGACCACCGAGGAGCAUGAGGCCGAGACAAACACCAAGAGCAAGGAGGCGCGCAAGUACAUCUUCAACUGUCUGGAUGACAUUGGGCAGGUGAAUGUGCCCACUGACUUGGAGGGAGGUCAGUUGCUGGCCGAAAAGACGGACAGGCGGGAGUUCAUCGAUCUGCUAAAGCGCAUGCUGACCAUUGAUCAGGAGCGGCGACUCACGCCCGCAGAAGCGUUGAACCACUCGUUUACACGGCUGACCCAUCUGGUUGACUAUGUCUACUGCAACAAUGUCAAGGCAUCCGUGCAGAUGAUGGAGGUGUGCCGCCGAGGCGAUUUCCACACAGUGCAACCCGCGUCGACGCUGGUGACCAACUUUGUGCCCUCGAGCACGGAGAACAUGACGUUCACGAUCAACAACCAGUUGACCAGCCAGGUGCAGCGCCUUGUGCGCGAUGGCCGUCCACUGGCCUACGAGGGACUCUACCAGAUAUACAACGGACGCAGUGUGGCGCGACAGUAUCCGCAGACCAGGACGGAUAGCUUCCAGCAUCAGCUGGUCUCGAACAUCCUGUGCCCGCCCUCGUACCAGACGAUGCCCAGUCCCACUAAGCAUGUGGUGGUGGGCAGUGCCAGCAUGCAGCCACCGUUGCAGGUGCCGCCGCAGCAGUACGUCAAUGUGCCCGUGCCGGUUUCCAUGGUGGAGCCAACUUCUGGUCAGAGAAUGCUCCUAACGAAUCGUGUGCAGGCCAGCGGAGUAGCCUGGCCACAAACUGGAAGACAGAUGGCCUUGGUGCCGUCGUGGCCCCAGCAGGCGCCCGCCCACUCGCUCAUCGUGGACUCGACGCCGCUUUUCAAUGUGGAGGAGAUCUAUCCCAAGCACCACCUCAACUUGCCACGCAACGAUCUCAAGAAGGAGUCGCCGGCUCAUCAUAUCGCCAAGGGCAACUCUUAUCGCGUGCCGCGCCACGAGAAGAAGGAGCACCAGCAGCUGUCGCCGGUGAAGAAGCGGGUGAAGGAAAGCUCGCCGCCCCACCAGCAGCGGUACCAGCGCGCAGCUCACGUUUCGCCCCAGUACCACACGCAUCACAACUGCAACUACGGGAAUGGCAGUGGCUACAGCGCCAGUGCCGGAUCGGUGGUGGCUUCCUCGGCUGCCUCCGCUAGCAACAUUGUGAAUGGAAGCUCGUCGAGCUCGCACCAUCAUCACGUCCCCGUCGCCCAUACCCAGCCCUACAGCAGCUCCUCAGGUCACCACAUUGUGAGCAACUGCAACGCCAACGGAGGAGCCGGUGGAGCAGUGGUUUACCAACAGCCCCCGGCACAUGCCCACCAGCAGCAUGGACAGCAGCCGCAUCCGCAUCCGCAGAGCUCGCAGCAUCCGCAGCAUGUGAAGCAGCCGACGAUAACCAUCCACGACACGCCCUCGCCCACGGCUGUGAUAACGAUCUCGGACAGCGAGGACGAGGGCGGAGAGGCUGGAGGAGCCCAGGUGCCGGUGCUGAAGCAACGGGCGCAUGCCCAGUCGCAGACCAGCAGCAGUCUGCUACAGCACGCGCCAAGCUCCUCCUGUAGCAGGAGCAGUGCCCACCAGCAGCCGCAUCCACAUCCCCAGCAGCAACAGCAACAGCAGCAGCAGCAGCAGAUAAACUAUGGUAAUGCUCAGACUCAGAAUCAGAAUCAGAAUCCAAAUCCGAUUCAGAACCAACUGGGAAGCAACAGCGGCAAGGGUAGCCAGCAUAGCAGUAGCCAUAGCAGUAACAGUAGCCACAGUAGCAGUAGUCACCACAACCACCACCACCCUCAUCAUCUGAAUCCGUCUCAUCAUCUGAAUCCGCCUCAUCAGCCAGCGAGUGGAAGUGGAAUAGGAACGGGAGCGGGUUCGGCAGCGGGAUCGGGAUCGCAGCUUCAGCAUCAGCUUCAGUCACAGCCUCCGACUCAUACUCAGCCGGCGACGCAUCCUCAUUACCAAGCCACGUCCACGUCCUCCUCCACGUCUGCUUCCACUUCCAGUCACCAUCAGCAUCAUCCCCAUCAUCCCGCCCCCACUUCCUCCUCCUCAGCCAUGUCCUCCUCUACCGCUCAGUUUGGUGCCCCUGUCCUCUGCCCCAGUUCCUCCCAAUCUCAGUCGCAUCUCAGUCGCCAUAAGUCAUCGCACGUCCAGCUAGUAAUUCCAUGCGUAACCGUAGGUGAUCAUGAUCCGGAAGAUGCCCGCCGUCGUCAUCAUGCCGCCGCCGCAGCCGCCGUGGGAAGUCCCAAGCAUCACCACCACCAACAGCAGCAACCAGCUCCUCCUCCACAGCAGCAGCAGCAGCAGCAGCAGUACCAACCGCAGCCACCGCCGCAGCAGGUGCUGCCCCAGCCCCAGCCGAGCAUCAAGUAUGAGCCCGGCCAGUCGCAAAAGAAACGCAUCUUGGCCAUGGCCCAAAGCGAGUGUGGCUACCAGCCGCAGGCACCCAGCCAGCCCUCAUCUUCGGCCAGUUUGCCGCACAUUCCCACCAAGCAGGAGCCAGCCGAGUUCUAUCCGGAGUAUGCAGCUGCUCCGCCGCAACAGUUGGACACGAAGCGCUCCUCCUGGGCACCUACAUCUUCGGGAUCGGGAGUGGCCGCUCUGCCGCUUGCUCAUCCAAAGCGAGAGGCCCCCUCUGUAGCUCCAAUAAGCUAUGUGGCCCCCUCUGUGGCUCCACCAUUGGCCCACUCCAAGAGCAGCUCCGCAUCAUCAUCUUCGUCGAUAAGCGCUGCGGCUGCCGCAGCAGCUGCUGCAGCUGCAGCGGCGGCGGCCAGCGUCGGUCCUCCGUCGUGGGGUCCUCCACAGGUCUAUCGUCAGCCAUCACAGCCGCCUCCGGGCAGCGUGGGACUACCAGGAAGCACUCAGCCACCGCCGUCGAGUGUGGCCCCGCAUCCGCAUCAUCACAGUCACGGACAUCAUCAUCACCAGGCCGGAACACCGCUGGGCGGGUCGCCAUCAUCGACGGCGGCGGCCGCUUUGUUGCAGCCGGAUAUUUAUGCGCAGGGCGACAUUUACCGCCGGCCCACAGUGUUCGUUUCACAGGCGGCCCCUAGCUAUGCCUACGCCAAUCGGGCGGUGGUGGCCCCACCUCCGGCCCACAACAGCUCCAGUCGUCAGGUGAUACCAUCACAUCCGCUGCCAGCUCACAUUCAGAUACCCACCCAGUACAGCCAGUUUGGACCGCUUAGUCCUGCCCAGGUAGCCGCCAGCAAACACGCGGCGCACUUCGCGCCCACCAACAUAUGGUAUGGGGCUGAGUAGACCGACGAUGGGAGUUGACGGGGAGAGGGGCGAUGAGGAGAGACGCGGGACGAGGAUGUGCACCCACCCAGAACCAAGAACCAAGAACUAAGAACCACCCAACCAACCACACACCGCACAACACCACCAUCACCACUGUUGUUAUGAUCUUGAGCUAGAGCCCGAUCGAAUGAUUCAACGCUCGAAUCUUUUGUGGCCUCGGGCGGGGCAGGAGACCAGCCGGAGCAAAGCCAAGAGCUGCAGCAACAGCAACAACAGCAGCUGCAGCUGACUCAGUGCUGGUGGUUCAUGCUGCUCAUGCAGCAGACUAUCAUCCACAACAACUCCAUGCUGCAGACGGGCAGCGACGACGCCGUAGCAACGGCAGCAUCAGCCACAUCCUCAGACACAACCGCAACACGUAAAGCACGCCGCCAGCAUUAAGCCAAGUCCAAGUCCCCAGCCUCGUUGCCAGUUAUCAGCUAGUUUUUUUUUCGAGGUUCCGUGGGAUCUCCCUUCUGCUACUAUUAAUUUUUAUUAUUUUUUAAAUAAUAUUAAAUAUAAAUGUAAAGCACUCCUACACGCAGCUGGGUGUACAGUGCUCAGGCAAACUUUUGGCAGGUUGUGUAUCAGCACAACGCCACACCCACACACACACUACAGCUAUAGCUUCAUACCCUCGAAAUAUGCGAAUUAGGUGCAUAUCGAGAGAUGUUUUUCUUCAAAACGAAAGCGUUUUAUAAAUGUGUGUCGUGUGUUUUAUUGAUAACUUCCACAUAAUAUUCUCUAUUAUCCAAUUAUAUAUAUACAUGCAUAUGUAACACUAUUAUUAUGAAUACUAUAUAUCAAGAGAAAGCUAAACUAAACUAGAGUUUACGGCACGUCGACAACUGCAACAUUAGGCCAGAGCGCCAGUAAGAGAAAGCUUCGAAAUUCCCUAGCAAGUACCUCAGAAAAUCAAAAACCUAGCAGCAGCAACACCAGCAACCAGAUAAGAAAAUAAACAACAUUGUUAUGCAA